UCAGAGAAUAAAAGCUGGGAAAAGGAGGACUCAUCAGGGAUGUGGCAGGAGUUCGUCGAGAACACAACACUACAUGGUGUCAGAUAUGUUUUUAAGAAGCGUCAUAUUUUAAUUAGCUUAAUUUGGGUGGUGUUACUGCUUGCUUCUGGAGGAUACUACAUUUUUACAGUUUACACAGCGUUCAAAAAAUAUUACAACCGACCAAUUAACACUGUAGUAAGCAGAAAACAUGUUAAAGAAAUGGAUUUUCCAGCUGUUACAGUCUGCCCUCUGAACGAGUUUGCUGCAAGUAAGCUGUACAUGACAGAUGACAACCCAUUGUUUGUUUCCAGCGGGUUAAAUAUUAGCUCAUGCGCUGUGACCUCAAAAGUACGAGGUGAUCAACCUUGUGGAUGGUCGCUACUUUGUGUUUUGCCUGAAUAUCAAACUUUACGCCCCGCUUUACCAAACUGCACGAGUCAAUAUAGAGAAGAACUGUUGAAUACAAUGCAAGAAUCUGCUCAUUAUAUCGACAAAGAAAAUUUACAUCGUUACUACAGUCAAGAGAUAGAAUCCCUCGUUGGACCCAAGUGCGAGUUUGAUGUUGUUGCAAAUUGUUCAGCAAAAGAUUUUGCUCCCUUGGUAACCCAAUGGAGCAAGUGCUACACCUUUAACUCAGGGAAAAAUGGCAAAAUAAAGAGGGUGAACAGUGCUGGUGUUUCGUUUGGAUUUUCUGUCAUUCUUGAUGCAAAGACAGAAGAAUAUAGUUAUGGGAAGUUUUCAGAAGGAUUCAAGGUUAUAAUUCACAAGCAGGGCGAAUUCGUUGAUGAAUGGGAGGGAAUCAACGUAGGUCCAGGACAACAUGCUGUUAUUGCGCUUUCGGAGAAAAGGGUA